AUGGCACCCUCUGUCUCCGAACUGAAGCCUACCGAGGCCGUUGCUGAUGUCGCUGCCAACAUCGCCAACUUGAAGCUCACCAACAAGCCUACCCAGGAAGAGACGUCCCUCGACAAGGGCCCUUCCUACCCCUUCUACUAUCCCUACCUCGACCCCAACGAGAAGUUCCCUCCUACCGAUAUCUUUGAAUUCUCCGACAAGGGCCUCCUCGCCGACAAGGCCAAACCCAACCUCCUCAACGCCGACACCAAAGUGCACCACCUCAGUCCCUACCUCGGCACCGAACUUCGCAACGUCCAAAUCUCCCAGCUCUCCCCCGAAGGCCUCAACGAGCUCGCUCUCUACACCGCCGAGCGCAAGGUCCUCAUCUUCCGCGACCAGGACUUCAAGGACCUCACUCCCGAGCGCCAAAUUGAGAUCGCGAACCACUUUGGGCCCAUCCAGCGUCAUCCUACGUCGGGCAACGUGAAGGGAUUCCCAGAGUUCCAUGUCGUGUACCGAGACCCCGGCUUCGAUAGACUGAACAGGUAUCGUGGAUUCGACAACAAGAUCAACCUCACGAGCUGGCAUUCGGACGUCACCUACGAGAAGCAAACUCCUGGUACCACUUUCUUCUUCAUCCUCGACCAACCCGAGGUCGGCGGUGACACCCUCUUCACCUCCCAGGUCGAGGCCUACAACCGCCUCUCCGACGAGUUCAAGAAGCGCUUGGUAGGCCUCCGUGCUAUCCACUCUGCCGUCCCGCAGGCCGAGCACUCGAGGAGCAUCGGAGGCCCCGUCCGCCGCGAGCCCAUCGAGACUGAGCACCCCGUCGUCCGCGUGCACCCCGUCACGGGCGAGAAAGCCCUGUUCGUCAACCAGGGGUUCACCAAGAGCAUCGUUGGAUUCAAGAAGGAGGAAUCUGACUUUCUUCUCAACUUUUUGUUCGAGCAUAUCGCCAAGGGCGCAGACUUUAGGAUUCGGGCUAGUUAUGAACCUGGGACUGUUGUUGUUUGGGAUAAUCGUGUUACUGUCCACUCUGCGACCCCGGAUUUCGACGCCAAGGCUGCUAGGCGCCAUGCUGUGCGGUUGACUCCUCAAGCCGAAAUCCCCAUCCCUGCCACCGACUGA